AUGCUGUUCUGCGUACACCGCAUUCCAUAUGGCUCUCCCUAUCUUGUGUCGCUUUGCCACAACCCACUUCCCUUUUCUCCCACCUGUGCGUGCAAGCUCAUCGCGUGCGUGUGCCGCACGGUCUUUCCGAAAGGAAACGGCGGGCCCCAUGUCCUCCGCCUAUUGGGAGCGACUGUCCUCUCUCCUCCCUUUGUAACCCCGCACGAAGGACGUGCGCGUGGCCUGAUACGUUUGUUCGUGCCUUCGCUGCUGCUCGUCUCGCUCUUCAUGCACCGCUCUACACACGGCUCCUCUCGUUCCUCGUGUGCUCGAAACUCAGCACUCGCCGACGUGCCAGCUUCGACAACGGUGGCCCACGCGCGACGCAUUUCAGAAACCUACCCGCGACUCGUUUCUCCUUCCAUGAAGCUCCCAGAGCUGCGGGCGCCAGCGCCGAUCCUGGGUAGCGGCAAUGCGAACGCAAGCGCGAACGUGCCGGAAUGCAGCAGAGUCCUUGACGAUACGCGGUGUGCGAUCCGAAAGACACCCCGUGAGGCGGUGUUUCCGGCUGCAGAGGAUCGGCUGUGCCUUCCCUUCUCACUGGAGCCCAUCAAGUUUACCGUACAACCCUUCACUUCGAGCAAGUUGCUCAGCAGUGACGAUACCUCGACGCUGGUUCUAAAGAAAGACGUGGCAGAGCUCCAAAAGGAGUCCCAUCUCUGCCACACCUGCACCGUGGAGUCGCUGCUGACGCGGCAGCGGUACGUCGAUGUGUACUUUGUCGCCUCUUCCCUUCUCACAGUCGGCAAUCGUGCGGCGAAGAUGGACGCAGGGGAAGAAAAAAGUCGCCUGCACCUUCUCAGCCACCGCUGCCUCUGCAGCUAUGCCUUACUACGGUUCAAAGAGUGCUGCGAGGACGGCAUGACUUCUCUGGCACUUUACCGACACUUGCAACACGACAACAGCUUCUCGUCGCUCGACAUGCCUGAUGAGGUGCUGCAUAGCCGUGUCGCACAGGCACUGCUAGGCGCGCUUGUCAUGCGCGAGUUGUACAGCGAUGCGGCAGUGCUGCUGGAGAGUGUGCCGCCUGUCCUCGACACCUUAGGCGAUACGACGUCCAAAGAGUUCUUAGGCAUACCACCGCCGCCGCUGCUCUUCGCAACAACACGACAAGAUGCCCUAUCGUCUUUGGCGUCUUUUCGCCAAUGCGUUGCCGCGCGGCGUUGGGUCAUGGCCGCGCAGAUCAUCGACGGUAGUACCACCGCACAGAGCUGGGUGCAGGCGACUCCGUUGUGUGCCAUGCUUGCUUUCGUACGACUCGAGAUGGACGACCCGAAGGCGGCCCGAGCACUGCUGCUGCCCUACCUCGCUUCUCUCCCUGAGCCGCCGUCGUGGGAGACGCUCUCUGCGGCGCCCGUCGAGCAUGCGCAGCUCUGGGGCGAUUUCACCUCUCACUAUGUCUUCUCUACGACUCUGCUCGCCAAGGCUUCGUUCAUGUCUGGCAGCACGUACCUCAACAUCUCCGCGGCUCUGCUGCAGCGUGCACUGAGGCUGAGCCCCUCUUACGCGCCGGCACGCUUGUUCGCCGAGUUUGUGCUCUCAUUUGAGGCACAGCAGCAGCACGUCGACGCUGCCGUGUCUUCUAGCGACUACCCAAAGGCGUUGUCGGUGACGGCCGAGAUGCUGCGCAUGCCGGAGGUCACAAGGCUUGUGCACGCGGAGCUCUAUCUGGUGCGCACCCAGGCCCAGUGGAUGAUCGGGCAACCGCUGGAGGUGGUGGACGAAGCCUCGCGGUGCGUGCAGUGUGACCCGCAAUGUGCACUCGCGUUUCGGCUACGGGCCGAUGCCUUUGCGAUGAUGAGCCGAGAGACUGAGGCGGCUGCGGACCUCGUCAUGGCGAAGCAUCUGAACGCGAGGGUCGGCGCUCUCUUUGAUGAGCUGCGGGUGCAGCGCUCACGCUACAGCGCAGCACAGCUGGAAGCAGAGGCAAAGAGGAACUCCGUUCCGGUAUUCAAAUCGUUCUCAUCAGCCUCAGCACCGCUGCGCUCGCCACCGUCGGAGAGCUUCGGCGGGUGCCCCCGCCGAUCGGGUGCCAAGGCGCGCAGGCUCACCAACGCGGAUCUUCAGCCGUCGCUGCGAACGCACUACGACGUCCUGGGAGUCUCUAACAACGCCUCCGAGGCUGAAAUCCGAAGGCGCUAUCACCGACUCACCCUUCAGCUGCACCCCGACCGGCUCGUUGGUGCAGCGGAGAGCGAUCGACGAUCCGCACUCGAGGCAUUUCAGCUUGUGGGAAACGCCUACAGCGUUCUCACGGACACGCAGCUCCGGGCCGUCUACGAUGCCGGACUGCCCAGCCUCCAUUAA